AUGGGCGCUCUUUGGGCUAUCUAUUUAAUUUUUGUCCUCUUUGCGGUGUCUCAGUCUACCAUUAUUUCGCGAAAAUACAUCCCGAAAUUGGAAUUUGAUGACAAAAAAUCAAGUAAUGAACUCUUGAAAGAAUACAAUUCUACAUCGUCGAUAGAGUGUGCAGCUCUCUGUCAAAGAGAAUGUAGUUUCAAUGGAUUUAAUUCUCACAAAAAGAAAUGUCGUAUCCACAAGAAGUUUUUCACGUCAGAGAUGUCUAAUGAGGGCGGUUGGAGAUACUACCCCCUUGACUUUCCUGCUUUAGUUACUCCCAUUGACUGUAAGGAUCUUCAUGCAGAUGGUCAGUCUAAUUCAGGAGUGUACGACAUUUAUCCCUAUGGCUCCAUUACCAGUCCUAUCAGAGUGUACUGUGAAAUGGAGAUAAUGGACGGAGGAUGGACGGCAAUCCAAAAACGAGUCAAUGGAUCCCUGAGUUUCAACAGGACCUGGACGGAAUAUAAGAAUGGGUUUGGUUCACCAGAACAGGAUGUCUGGAAUGGUACAACGCUGUAUGAAAUGUACGAUCGAUUCGCUGUCUUCAAUGAAACAGAGAAUUACAAACUCUUUCUUUCUGGACCUGCCACGGGAACCUUAGGUGACAGCAUGUUAAACACGGGUUAUUCUAGCCGUGAUCUGUCUGGGAUGUACUUCAGUACACCGGACAGGGAUAAGGGCUGGAUAUAA